UGUUAUUCGGCGUAUUGGAUGGAUCUCUUUGUCUCGUACAUUAUUUGCUGAGGUGGCAAAUGCAGUCGACGUCAGCCAACUCUACUAGAUAUUUUUCGUAUCCUCUUACUAGUUUCAUGACCGUUGGAUCACGGUCGGUUUGCCGCACGAGUCUAAUCUCAACCGUCGAAAUAUACGUUAGAUUUCAAAUAUUUUUUUGUCUUUUCCACUACAUUAUAUUUUUAUCGGUUUUCCAACUGUUUCUUCUAUCUGGAACUCCAAUCGAAUUUUGGUUUUGACUGUGAGAUGCGAGAAAUGAGCGACGAAGUUUUUGAAGUGACGGUGGUGGAGAAACCAGCUGAAGCUGCCGGAGGGAAGUCAGCUCGGCGGAGGACGCGGAAGAAGGAAGCCGCAGAGGGCGGCGAUGGUUUGGUGAAGUGGGAGAGGUUUCUCCCGAAAAUCGCGUUAAGAGUUUUGCUCGUAGAAGCAGACGAUUCCACCAGACAUAUUAUCUCUGCUCUCCUCAGGAAAUGCAGUUACAGAGUUGCUGCAGUACCUGAUGGGUUAAAAGCUUGGGAGAUGCUAAAAGGAAACCCCGAAAGCAUCGAUCUGAUACUAACAGAGGUUGAUCUGCCUUCAAUAUCUGGAUACGCUCUUCUAACACUUAUCAUGGAGCAUGACAUCUGCAAGAACAUCCCUGUCUUAAUGAUGUCAACACAGGACUCGGUGAAUACUGUGUAUAAGUGCAUGUUGAAAGGUGCGUCUGACUAUCUUGUUAAGCCCUUGAGGAGGAAUGAGCUGAGAAAUCUCUGGCAACAUGUCUGGAGAAGAAGACAAGGAGAAGAGAGCGCAGAUGUGCCAAGAGACUCAUCUAAAGAAGCCAUUGACUUCAUGGGAGCCUUGUUUAGAAGAAACGGAGAAGAGAGUGUUACCAAAUACGAAUCUCGGAUAGAGCUUGAUCUCUCCCUGAGGAGAAGGCCAAACCAAUCUUCUGGAGACAGGCGGCCCUCUCUCCAUCCUUCUAUUGGCUCUGCUUUCACAAGGUACGUUCACAAGCCGCCGUUGCAGACAGAGUGUUCGGUCUCUCCCUUGGUUUCCGACCAGAGAAAGAAUGUUGCAGCAAGUGGAGAUGGUAACAUUGUGGUAACAAAUCACUACAAUUCAUCUGAACCUACUCCAAGUGCUCCCAUCAAGAGUAUACAGUUCACAGGAGCUUAUGUGGCUCCUGCUUCACUCUCUCCAACCCCUAGAUCCGUUAGCCCGCAUGAGUACAGUUCCAUGUUUCACCCAGUAAAUGGUGAUAAUAAACCUGAGGGUUUGCAAGAGCAGGAUGUAGAGGAGAGAAGAAACGUCUCUUCUGCAACCGAACGUAGUGCAACAGGGAACCACUGCAGUACCAGCUACAUUGAUUAUCAUCAUCAGCAAUCGUUAGGGAAAACUCUGCAGUCUGUUAGGGAAGCUGCUUUGAACAAGUUUCGGAUGAAGCGCAAGGACAGGUGUUUCGAUAAAAAGGUUCGUUAUGAGAGCAGGAAGAAACUGGCAGAGCAACGGCCACGUGUCAAAGGGCAAUUCGUUCGUCAAGUCCAGUCCGCUGAGACAUCAACACAAGCAGCUCCACAAUGAUCCUAACAAAUUGAUACAUGUUCAAUUUUGUAUCAACUAUGGGGACUUUUAUUUUCUCCCAUUAAGGAGCUGUUCUUGUGCUAACUCUCCAUCAACGUAGUUGGUGAGAAGACUUUUGUGUAUACAUUGAGGCAUUCAGCUUUGGAGCUUAGUUGUUGAGUU